GUCGUUCAGAGGCGCUUGGUGAUGCUAGGGCUACCUUUGAGUGGGAGAAUCCGCUCUGGACACCAUUGCUCCGUGGGAUUACUCUGAAUGAGUUUGCUAUAAACAGCUUGACUUACAUAACAGGUAGAGUAAUUCAGUGAGCGCUUCCUCAGCUGGCUCCCUCGUUUAUUUUUAAUUGAAGGGGACGCGCUUUCUUGUAUUUUCUUCUGUAUAUUUUCCCUCAUAGGUGUCGCGCGUUCGUUGCUCAGGACAACUUCAGGAAAGGUGACUUAAAGAGCGCUCAUCAUGUCAGUGGUCGGCAUUGACGUGGGUUUCCAGAAUUGUUACAUCGCUGUUGCCCGAAGCGGCGGCAUUGAAACCAUUACCAAUGAUUACAGUGACAGAUGCACACCGUAAGUGUACAUUUUGGGAAGCAGCAUCAUUGUGAAUUGUAGUCUGACUGUGAGUUUGUUACGCAAUGUUUGCGACUGGAAGCGCACUGGCUGAGCGGUGAUGGUGUGGACACAGCAGUGCUGCCGCUGCUGCUGGUUGUGAUGAGGCCUGUUACUAUUGGUACACCCAGCCUCUCAGCAAGUUAACGUAGGUCAAAAUGUCGCAUAUGAAAUGAUUGUACUCACUAACAGAAAACUGACAUGUCUGAUCAUCACCACGGGGUGGGCAUUGAGCAUUUAACUUGGCUUAAAUAAGUAACUUAACGAAGACACAAUGUUAUUAAGGUUUUACAGCAGGAUUAGCUCUGACUAUGCUAUAUUCUUUGUUCCUAAAAAACAUACAAACAUGUUUUUAGCAUGACAUUGCCUCUUGAUGUCUGUUAUGGUCAUACAAUCAGGCUGAUCACAUCCUUUUUAGAGUCAGCCCUGGAAAAUUCCAAGAAUUAAAAUCCCACACUGACCAAUGACAUUGUUUUGUCCUAAAGUUAAAAAAAAGCUGAAUAAGCUAAAGCAAAAAUGUCUACAUUGGGGAGUUUAAAUGGUAAAGGCCAUACAGUGAAUUGUAACAGAAGCACAUUUUCUGCAGCAUCCUGCUAACAGGGAUGUGCUGCUGGGAAGGUGAAGAGCAUUGCACCUCUCCGUAGCUCGGGACAUUUUUGAGGCAAGGUGAAACUAAGGAGAGACUUAAUACAUUCAUUAGUAAAGAUGAUAGAGAAGGGGCCUCCUUUCUAAUAAACAGGGAUCUUCUGAGUGAUAAAUAAAGAAGGAGAUGGGUUUUUUUUUUGGUCUGUUGAAGGUGAACUGUUCUGUCUCACUGCCCUAGUUUGUGAUGCUCCCUCAGACUCCCUUGUGAAAUUUUCUUAAUCGAAAUCUGCCUCUCUGCCCUGGACAUUUGACUGUGUCUGCAGCAGUCAGACAAUUACAGUUCUGCAUGUCUAGCUGGAUUACUUCUGUUGUAGCCUGCCUAAUGUGCUGAUGUAUUUGUCUUCCAACAAGGGCUUGCGUGUCUUUGGCCUCCAAAAACCGCAUGAUUGGAAAUGCAGCUAAAAGUCAAGUAAGAUUUUCUAUUGCUGUAUAUUAAGUUUUUGUACCAAAAUCAGUUUUGUAUAUUGAAAUUAUAAUAUAGAAAACUUCCUGAACAGGGGGUGUACUAUUACAAAUUAUAUUCACAUAAUAGCUUUAAUAAAAUAUGGCUUCACAUUUAAUAACUGAGUAUCUUCUUCUUUUAGGCCAUAACAAACUUCAAAAAUACAGUCCAUGGCUUCAAAAAGUUCCACGGCAGGGCAUUUGAUGACCCAUUUGUCCAAGCAGAAAAACCCAAACUGCCUUACAGCUUACAUAAACUAGCCAAUGGAAAUACUGGAAUUAAGGUAAAGCAUAGCACAGGCCUCCCUCGACUCUCUGAACCUGACCAUUUUCUGCUGUCAUGCAACCAUUUUUAAAAAUGUUUUCUUCAAAUACAUUAUCAGUUUAUUACCCCAUUCUGUCUGUUUUAGACUGGCAUGUCUGUACUGUCCCAUAUUUGCAGGUCCGUUAUUUGGAUGAUGACAAAGUUUUCACUGUGGAGCAGAUCACAGGGAUGCUGCUCAACAAGCUGAAGGAGACAUCAGAGAGCGCCCUGAAGAAGCCGGUUGUAGAUUGUGUCAUCUCUGUGAGUGACAAAAACAUCAUAGUGGAUUGUUCAGUUGAUACACCAAGAGGUUACAUGAAACAUAAUGGUUUUUGCCCUCUUUUUCCCAGGUACCAAGUUUUUUCACAGAUGCUGAAAGACGGUCUGUGUUUGACGCAACUCAAAUCGCAGGGUUGAACUGUUUACGACUAAUCAAUGACACUACCGCAGGUCAGUGUUCUUGGAAAAUACGGAUGCUUGUUAAGGUGAUGGUGUCAUGGUUAAAACAUGAGUCAUGGAUUGUACUUUCAUACCAACCCUUACCCUAUACUACACCAUUUGAAUGAGGUUAUAGUUUGGUGAUUACCUGUCAAAAUAUAAAAAAAAGGCUCAGAUGCCUGAAUUUUUGCAUUAAGAGUGGCUUAAGGUCACUCAAAAGCAGUCUGAAGGACGAGUGGAGAACAUUCCAAGACAUACCAGUUGUCAUUUCUUUAAAACAAAUGACCUAAAUCAGAUUAGUUUAUUUUAAAUACUCCAGUCUCCUCCUGAACAACUGCUUUUGCAGCCUUGUCCUCACACCUAGUCUGUGAGAAACAACAUUCAGCUGUAUGUCUUGUAUGUGAAUGAAUAGCCAUCAAUGCUUACUUGACCUGAUGAGGCGUACUCCAGAACUCAUCCAAGCUGCUAAUAAAUCUCCAUCCCCUGAACAGUGGCUUUGGCCUAUGGGAUCUACAAACAAGAUCUUCCAUCUCCAGAGGAGAGACCCAGAAAUGUGGUAUUUGUGGACAUGGGACACUCAUCAUUCCAGGUCUCCAUCACUGCCUUCAACAAAGGCAAACUCAAGGUUAGACUUUAACCUUUCACAUCUUCAUUCACACUGACACCUGUACCCAUAAACUCAAAGAUGAAUGUCAAAUUUGCUCUGUCAGGUCCUGGCUACUGCAUUUGAUCCCUACCUUGGUGGGCGCAAUUUUGAUGAGGCAUUGGUGGAUUACUUCUGUGAGGAGUUUAAGGUCAAGUACAAGCUCAAUGUGAGGGAGAACCCGCGGGCUCUGCUGCGGCUGCACCAAGAGUGUGAGAAAUUGAAGAAGCUGAUGAGCGCCAACUCUUCUGAUCUACCUCUGAAUAUAGAGUGCUUCAUGAAUGAUAUUGAUGUAACAAGUAGGAUGAACAGGUAAAAACUAAUUUUAUUUGACCAAGACUACAAAGGAAAUGCAUCAUUUUUUAUUUUUUCUUCCUAUUUUUGAACCCACAGGACUCAGUUUGAAGAAAUGUGUGCUCAAUAUCUGAUGAGAGUGGAGAUGCCGUUGAAAACAGCCCUUGAACAGUCAAGUAUGACUUUCAAAGCUGAUUAAAUUUCUGAAAACAUGUUGUUGAAAUGAAACAUCAGUGAUAAAUUGACACAUUUCUGUGUGUGUGUUCUCCUGUCAGAGCUGAGCAAGGAUGACAUCUAUGCAGUAGAGAUAAUUGGAGGAGCCACAAGGAGCCCAGCUAUUAAAGAAAGAAUCUGCAAGUUUUUCGGCAAGGACGUCAGCACCACACUCAACGCAGAUGAAGCUGUUGCUCGAGGCUGUGCACUUCAGGUGCAGGACAUUAUGGAAACAAUGUUUUACAAUGUACUGCACAAAAAUUCUGUGGUCAAUCAAUGAAGCUAAACAACAAUCAUCUUUGUUUGGGUUGGUUUGCAGUGCGCAAUUUUGUCUCCAGCAUUCAAGGUGCGUGAAUUCUCUAUCACUGAUGUGGUUCCUUUUCCAAUAACUCUUCGUUGGAAAUCACCAACAGAUGAUGGAUUGGGGUGAGGACAUCUUAGCUAUCUGAAUAUCCAAAUGAGGCAGUAACACCUCAGAAAAUAAGGGAUUGGUUGCUCUGUGUUCAUUUCUCUUAAUUGCUAUAUCUAGCUAUGUCAGCCAGCUUGAAAAUGCAACAUUUGCUGACCAAGUUUUAAUAAAAACAUACCUGACUUUUUUCUUUCCCUGCAUCUGUUUCAGAGAGUGUGAGGUGUUUAGCAAGAAUCAUGCUGCCCCAUUUUCCAAAGUGAUCACUUUUCACAAGAAGGAACCUUUUGAUCUUGAGGCCUUCUACAGCAGUCCUCAAGAUCUGCCCUACCCUGACCACAGGAUAGGUAAUUUUGCUCCACUGCUCUUUUAAAGUCAAACAUGCACUUUCCCCCCCAAUAGACUGGUGCAGAGAAUUUAAGAUGCAAAACAAUGCAGAUAUCUGGCUUACAACAGCUACAUAGGCCUGCAGGAAAAGAAGUGGUUGAUGUAUGAGGUAGAUUUUAGGGCUGUAUCUCCACUGAUGUCUGCAUCCAAAGUGAGAUUUUGACCAUCAGUAGCUUCAGCCUGUAAAUGUGGCUUGGAAUGAUGAACUACAUGUUUUGUCUUCAGGAUGUUUCUCUGUACAGAAUGUGGUUCCUCAGCCGGAUGGAGACAGUUCCAAAGUGAAGGUUAAAGUACGUGUGAAUGUCCACGGUAUCUUCAGCGUGUCCAGUGCCUCGCUGAUAGAGAAGCAGAAAGGAGAGGGAGAGGACAUGCAAAUUGAUUCUGAGCCAAUGGUGCAGAAUGAAGGCAGGCCAGAGGACCAGGUGAGAGAGGAUUUUUCCCCACAGUUGCAUUUGUGACUCAGAACUAUCUAUACCAUGUUGAACAGGAAUGUCUCAUUUCUAGGAGUUGAGCCAUGAUCACAGUGCUUUGACCUCUAAAGUAACUUUUUACAGCCCUGGGAAAAGGCCUGCUUUUUCUCUGUGACUGUAAUAAAAACAACCUGGUUUAAAAAUAUGUGGUUCAGAAUACAGCACAUUGAUUGCUCACUAAUGGCAUACUACCUCUGCCAAACCCCUGUAUUGAAUCAUCUUUGAACAGAAUCAUCAUUUGCAAACUUUUGCUAGUUUUAUUUUAGAGUCAUCUGGUUCAUAUAAAUGUGGUUAAGAAAUUCCAUUGACAUUCUUGUUUUGUAUGUGUGAUGUUUUUAGACUAAAAUGCAGGUGGACCAAGAAGGCCAAAGCCAGGCUGACCAGCUGAGUGAUGACACUGGUGCUAACAGCAAGGUUGGCUGGACUACAAUUAUGAUUAUGCGAUAUGCUCAAAAAUGUAUAUGUUUUCUAACUUGAUUCAUAGAAACACUCAUACCAUUCAUGCUGCACUGCUUAAUGAAAAAAGGCGUUUUUUAGAAUAAGACUUUCAUACUUCUCAUUCUGUCGCGGAGUAAGAAGCGAUAUCAAGCUACAUGAAAAGAAAUGCAAAGAAAUGGUCACAAUAGAGUGUUUUGAUCCGUCUUAAAAAUCCUAUACAUUUGGCUGAGAAACAAAUAAAACUCAGUAUGUUACAGUAGAGCCCGAAUAGUGAUUCUCUUGUUUCUAAAUCCAGGAGGGGGCGUCUGGGGAAAAGCAGGACCCAGCAGCAGGGGGAAGCAAACCCAAAGUCAAGGUGAAGAGUAUUGAUCUGCCAAUUGUAGCCAACAACAUUCGACAGCUGGAGAGUGAUGUCCUGAACAGCUUUGUGGAGUAUGAGGUGACUGCUUCUGUUGGCCUCUAGAAACGCUGAGUCAUAGUCUGAUUGAAACGCUGAUUACGGGGGCAAGACUGGGACUUUAAUUGUUUGUUGUGCUGCUUUUUUUUGACAUUUUCCAAACAGUGACAACCUAGACAGGGAGCCAAAAUGAUUGUUAACUGCUUACUAAUUAGCAUAAUCUGUUGCAGCAACAUCUAAAGUUUUUUUUGUGCCUUAUUUUGUCAAGUUUUCAAUAUUUUUGGUGUGUUCAUUCAACUCUGAAGUCAAUUUUAAGUUUUUUUUGUGUGGCUGGUGGGUUGGAGUUGGGUAAUGCUGUUAUUGUACACACCUCUAACAUAUUUCUGGUAUUUGCUUUUUCUCAUAGCGUCAGAUGAUUAUCCAGGACAAACUGGUGAAAGAGCUGAAUGAUGCUAAAAAUGCUGUGGAGGAGUAUGUAUACGAUCUGCGAGACAAACUCAGUGGGAUGUAUGAAAAAUACAUCACAGAGGAAGUAAGUGCAAACCUCUUAAACACCUUUGCUGCCUUCUAUAACAGAAAAAAGAGGGGAAACAAAUGAUUCAUCACUUUUUUUCUCAGUAUCCAUAUUUUAAUUUGGCUAUUACUAACAGGACAGUAACCGGCUGACACUGAUGCUUGAAGACACAGAGAACUGGCUGUAUGAGGAAGGAGAGGACCAGCCCAAACAAGUCUAUGAGGAGAAGCUCGAGGCACUGAAGGUUUGCCCCAAUUUGCUCUAGUUCUAAAAAUGAGUCGACUACUUGUCAUCCUACUGAGCUGUAACUGAGUGCCAGCCUUUACCAUUUUAGAGAGGAGUCAGACAUAACAAAGAGUCGUGUUAUUUUCCAGAGGUUUGGUCAGCCCAUCCAGGACCGGCACAGAGAACAUGAGGACAGGCCAAGAGCUUUUGAUGAGUUGGGAAAGAAACUGCAGCUCUACAUGAAGUUUGUGGAUUGCUUUAAACAGAAGGUAAAGCCUGUUGAUCUUGGUAUGCAUUGCCUUUUUUGACAUAAAUGUGAAAAAAAAAGUGAUUUUAUUUAUUUAUUUAUUUUUAAUGUGUAAUAAUUUGUGGGUUUUGUAGCAUGUCUCAUAAGUUUGUCCUCAUAAAGCUCCUGUGAGGAACUUUGUGUGAAUUCUGGCACCCCCUGUGGACAAAUUAGUCUGCAAUCCUAGGUGGUGUCUCUUGACAAAAAAUCCCAUCCUACUGACUUUCUCUAGUCAAAUAUAUCCUUUAUUGUGACUAUUUGACAUGAAAACUGUAAAAAUAGGAGUGUUUCUUCAGCUACUUCGCUGACACUUACCCCCUCGCAAAGGUUUCGGGCAGUAAAAUUGAAGUAUUCAAACAGUCUUGUCCCCGAUGGUCUUUUUUCUUUUGGGUAUCAUUAAAAUAAUCUUAGUCUAUUUCAUAAGCAUUAAAAAAAAUUGACAUUGGAGCUCUGAGUUAAUUUGCAUAUGAUCCUAGGCUUAUGAAUUGCUGGUGUUAUGAAUAGUUUACCAUGAAAGACAGAUCCUGACUUUCUGGUAUUCAACACAAAAGUUUGUUUACUGCUCAAACCAACUUUUUAAAAUGCCAUUGUCACAUUUUUUCUCACAGGAUGAGCGGUAUCAACAUUUGACUGCAGAUGAAAUGAGCACAGUGGAAAAGUGUGUAAGUGAAAGCAUGGGCUGGAUGAACAGCAAGAUGAAUGCGCAGAGCAAACUGGGCAUAACUCAAGAUCCUGUAGUCAAAGUAGCUGACAUCAUUUCCAAAAUACAGGUGUGUAAAUGACUUACAGUCUUUUAAUCAACAAGAGCUUUUGUAUGCCUUUUUCUCUGACUUAUUCUUUGCUUCUUACUCUUCAGGAGCUAGAGGAUGUGUGUAAUCCAGUGGUUAACAGGCCGAAGCCCACAGUAGAGGAGGCUCCUGAGGUGAAUGACCAAAGCAGUGGAGCUCACAACGGGCCGACAGCAAAACUGGGAGCAGAAGGGAAAGGAGAUACAAAGGGAAGCCAGCAGACAAAACCUGGAACGAAAGAGAUGGAGGUGGACUGAGAACCGCUGCUAUCACCAUGAUUAUUAUAACCCACCACUUAGACAAUAAAAACAUGAAUACCUGGGACCAUCAUUCACCCUCAUCACCAGUCAUUUUGUGGAUUUGUAUUCUGUGUCACUUUCCCUCUUAGUUGGACAUUACCAUAUGAGGUUUCUGUUUUCACUCUCUCAUCCUUGUGUGUGAAAAUGGUGUGCUUUACUCUCAAAGGUUUGACAUCCUUAAUAAAUGAAAGAAUGAUGCUGUAGAUUAAACUCUUAUUGAUGUAAAUUGUUUCGUCUGCACCAAACAGGAGUGAUCCCUUUGUAAUUGCAUUCGGUCUUUUCAAGUGUCCAGUAAAUCCUGUCACUUUAAAGCGAGAUAGUUAGUACCGCCUAAACAAUUGCUACAGCAGAGCUGUUAGUUUGUAUGCAAUAAUACAAAUUAUAUAUAUUUGUAUUAAAUAAGUGAAAGAUUAUAUCUAUGUUUAGAGACUGUAAAUACUAUUUUAGUAAAUAAAAGCAGCUGAAGAUAUAUGUACAUAAAGAAAAUAUUCUUAGAAAGAUGGCAAUGCUUGACAUACCAAAUCUCUCCAGCAGGUUAUUGGUUGCCGAUUUCCUUUAUUUUGUUUUCUUGCAUUUUUUCCAUACUUUAGUCAUUGGAUUGAAAGAUGGCAAAGUAAAUAUACUGGUCUGUGAGACAAAAAUA